UUUAGUUGCUUUGCUUUUGGUUUUCCUAUUACACUAACGUUUCAAAGGGAAAUUGGCUAUUUUAUGUGUUUUUAAGAGUAAGCGUAAAAUAUUUUCUGUCAGCCGCCGGUUCCUCUCGCUUCACUGCGCACGCGCACGUUUCCAACAUGGCGGCCCCGAUAAAGUUGCACUGUCUCGAGGACUUUCCCUCACACGUUCACCCUCUACACGUGCUUAUAAACAAAUCACAGUUCGCUCAAAAGUUUCCAGACCACACCGGACCCACAUACGCGUUGUUACUGUCCCUGACGGACUCGCAGUCCCCCUCGAACCGGGGCUUUUUGGUCUGCGCGCACGCUACUUCAGAGGAAGAGACGGAUGUAAACAUUCCCACGUGCGUCGCUGUUUACGUGAGCAGAUAUUUCCUCAGACACUACGGCCUGAAGGAGCACUCACCGGGAACGCUUCGUCCACAGUCUCUGCUACCGUUAAAAAAGAUCGUGAUUGGCGCUCGGACCAAGCAGAGCUUUAAAUGGGCUUCUUCGGAGAAGUUCUCCAACGCUCUGCUGAUCCUGGCCUCCUGUCACGGACAGACUCUGUUGGCGAGACAAGGAGACGCUCUUCUCUUACCCUACCAUCAUCUACUAGGCGAAGAAGCUUCACAGGUGCAGCAGUACCUGUCGGAGGUGAUGGUGCUGGAGUGCACGCCUGUCAGCCAGGGCAGGAUAACAGUGGACACUAGCGUGGUGCUCUCAGACUGCAGAGACCUGGAGCUUAGCAGCACCAGCAUCGUCCUAGCUUCCUCCCUCUUCGUCUCUGAUUUUGCCCAGUAUGCGAACAGUUUGAGCUCUGGCAGCUCUUUGUUGACCAGUAAAGUGUUAGACUUCAGUGCUUUCUCACAGGCUCUUGAAUGCAGGCUCGACGUUCGUGUGUUAGACGUCUCAGAUCUCCGUAAACCUGGAGGAAUAGUGUCUAGGCUUGAGCAGAGUGAAGGGCUGGACGUCGACAGCACUGUUUUUGUGAGCAAGAGCUUGUUGCUGAAACUGGGAGUGUUUAACGGGGAGUGGGUCAUUGCUUCCGUCCCAGCGGAGAAGAUGAUGAAGAAGACUCAGAGUCCUGGUUUGGGUGAGCGUGAAAGCAGCUGUAAGACUUUCUCUAAGAGGCAGGGACGUGUUCAUUUGGUGGCUGUCAAAGCGUUUGACACAGUUAAGCACCAAGGCAUGGAUGGGAAUGAGAAUGUGGGCUUGAUUUCACCCGUCCAGUGGUUUAACCUGUCGGAUGGGAUGCCAGUGCCUGUUGGAAACAAGACCAUCAAAAUUAAGAGGUGGAAUAAGGCGCCUGAGGCUGAGUCUCAGAUCUCGGCGAGCUCAUGCCGCUGUGCAUCGCCUCCGUUUGCUAAAGAGCUGCACAUCGAAGCCAUUAUAUCUCCAGACUACAGCUCCCAUGGGCCCUUCGACAGCAUCCUCCACCAACACUUCAGCUCACCCAGGCUUGUUCAGCGGGGGACUAUAUUGGGAAUCCCAUCUGAAGGCCAUCCUGAUCUAGUAGAGAACAGCUCUGAAGGAAUCACCAGGUGGCCUGUGCUGUAUUUCAGGGUAAAGCAGGUUUGUGGUUUUGCUGCUGAGGAGGAAGAGGGUUCUUCAUACUUGGCGGACUCCAAUCACACUUCACUCUACACGGGAAGCUCCACCCACAGCCUGUGUCCCUGCUCUGUGCUGCCGAAGGGUUCGCUUUUCUGGACGAGUCUCUGUCCUCCGGGUCUGUCCAGCACUGUGGAGAAUCUGCUCGCUAUCAUCCAGCCUCACUUCAGUGAAAGCUCCCUAACAUUAAAAAGAGGCUGUUCGAUUCUCCUGAUGGGUCCAAAUGGUAGUGGUAAAGUUACCGCAGUAAGAGCAGCUAGCAGGAGGUUACAUCUGCAUCUGAUCAAGGUGGACUGCGUCACUGUCUGCGCAGACACUGCGGCUGCCUGCGAGGCCAAGUUAAAGUCUGUAUUUGAGAGAGCGGAGCUCCAUCGCCCGUGUGUUUUGCUUCUGAGAAACCUGCAGCUGCUCGGCCAGCCGCGAGAUGGCUCUGAGACCGACUCCAGAGUCACGUCCACGCUCUGCACGCUUGUAGCAGCUGCUCAUGCCAGUGUGGUGGUGGUGGGGUCAGUAAGCAGCCAGAGGGAGCUGUCUUCAGAUGUGACGGCAGCAUUUGUGCACCAGGUGGUAAUAGAGAGUCUGUCUGAGGAGCAACGCAGGACCAUGCUGGCCAGCCUCAGUGAGGAUCUGAUGUUGGGAAAAGACGUCAAUCUUGGCAAGAUUGCCAAACAGACAGCUGGGUUUGUUUUAGGAGAUAUUUGCGCACUCCUUACCAACGCUGGGAAAGCCGCCCACAGACGACUUCUACAGAUGUAUUUUCCAGAAUCGGCGAGUGAACAAGAAGAGGAGGAUUUGUGUGUCUCUGGAGUGAGCGUCACGUCUGAGGACUUCAACACAGCACUGGACAUCCUGCAGGAGGCGCAUUCACAAGCCAUCGGAGCGCCAAAAAUCCCGUCAGUGAGAUGGCAGGACAUCGGUGGACUGCAACAGGUUAAGAAGGAGAUUCUGGACACGAUUCAGCUUCCUCUGGAGCAUCCAGAGCUGCUCUCGCUGGGUCUGCGGCGCUCCGGACUGCUGCUCUAUGGGCCGCCAGGCACCGGAAAGACCCUGCUGGCUAAAGCUGUCGCCACAGAGUGUACCAUGACCUUCCUUAGUGUGAAAGGUCCUGAACUCAUAAACAUGUAUGUUGGUCAGAGUGAGGAGAACAUUCGAGAGGUGUUCAGUAAGGCAAGAACCGCUGCUCCCUGUAUCAUCUUCUUUGAUGAGCUGGACUCUUUGGCUCCUAAUAGAGGCCACAGUGGAGACUCAGGAGGGGUGAUGGACAGGGUUGUGUCGCAGCUUUUAGCAGAGCUGGAUGGUCUUCACUCAUCUGGUGACGUUUUUGUGAUCGGAGCAACUAAUCGGCCUGAUCUACUGGACCAAUCAUUGCUUAGGCCUGGCAGAUUCGAUAAAUUGGUGUAUGUGGGUGUGAAUGAAGACAGAGAGUCUCAGCUGCAGGUUCUGAAGGCCAUCUUGCGCAGGUUUAAGGUGGAUCCCAGUGUGUGUCUGUUGGAGGUCGUGGAGUCCUGUCCUCCUCAGCUGACUGGAGCCGAUCUCUACGCUCUCUGCUCGGACGCCAUGAUGUGCGCCAUCAAGAGGAAGAUAUCACAAAUCACUGAAGGUGUGGAUUCAGAGGCCAGUGCUCUGACUCUGUGCGCAGAAGACUUCAGACAGGCUCUUGCGGGCCUUCAGCCGUCUGUCUCUGAGCAGCAGCUCAACAGAUACAAGCUCAUCCAGCAGAAAUUCACAGCAAAAUAACAUCCCAAACAUCCACCUGAAAUCAAGUAACUUCGUUUAGCUAAAAGUUUUGCACCGUGUCCUAACCAGACCCCGUGUGAUAAAGCUACUCUCAUUGGCCCAUAUAACUAAAUAUUAAACGUCAAAUCUCAUCUUACUGGCAGUGAUUGCUUCACAUCUGGUUAGGACACUGAAUGGGUAAAAUGUGUAAGAAGUCAAACCUACUCAUGUUUACAUUCUUAUCCCACAGGAUUUCUUUGCAUCUUCCUUAAUGGGUUUCAUAUUUAGCUUGAAUGGAAACCAGUCAGGCUGAAAAAGCAAAUGAGAAACUAGAAAUGAGAUUAAAUAUGGUGAAAACUGAUUUCUAACUAGCACUGCAAAAACUAUGACUAAAGAUACAUUUUAGCUAGACUGUGUGUGUGUGUGUGUGUGUGUGUGAGAGAGAGAGAGUGCACUUAAUUACAGUGCUUUUCCUAAUUGUGAAGUGAAAUUAUUGUUAUACACUAGAAAAAUUCCCAUAAAUCAUCCUCAGGCCUGAAUUUUUCUAGUGCUGUUAUUUUUAUAUAAUAUGUGUUUGUGUACUGUAUAUUUUUAUGUAUAUAUAAAGACACACACACAUACAUUUUAUAUUUUACAAAUAUAUAUAUUAUAUAUAUUUUAC